CUCUUGCAUCGUACUUAGCCAAACGAUAUGGAUCACGGGUGGUUGUGAUGUCUGGAGGAUUCCUGACUGGUGCAGGGGUGAUGAUGACUGCAUGGGCUAAUGGUGUCGCGAUGGUAGGAGUCGGAGUUGUCUGUUUAACAGGUAUCGGGUCAGCACUGGUUUACAUCGCAACUUUGAUCUUCAUUCGGCACAACUUUCCCGAUUUCCGCUCCUACGCGUUAGCCAAUGGGAUCACCGUUUCGGGUUCUUCGCUGGCCGUCUCUGUCUUUGCACCAAUCACACGCGUUCUUUCAGACACUUACAACUGGCGGGGUGCCCUCCUUAUAUCAUCCGCCAUCAUUCUAAACACCAUGGUCUUUGGCGCACUUCUCAGAGACCGGAAGGCCAUACCGAAAGGUAAACCAGAGCGCCUCAAUGACAGUGCAUCCGCAAUCGCACUCAUAGACAAUCAGACCACCUCAUCAAGAGUGACGUUAAACGAUGGUUCAACACCGGUCAAGCAUAGUAUAUCCAACGGCCAUGGGAGUGGACAUCAUCUGGAGAAUGGCAAUGAACAAUAUGCAGAGAGUACCUUGAUGACCAGUUUUGACGGAAGUGAAGCUCAUGAGAUGACAGAGAGCUUCGAACACCAUGAACACAUCCAACCGGAAGUUGUUCAAAGGACAAAAGAGCCCAUCCUUGCAGAUGUACCUUCGACCAUUCUCCAUGGUCUUCUUCUCUUCGUUAUAUUUCUUUCUACCUCAUCUUAUUCUGCCGUCUUCGUGUAUCUGGCCGCUGCAGGCACGGAGAGGGGUCUCACACCUAUAGAAUCAGCCGGUCUCCUUUCGGCGACGGGGAUCUCACAGGCCGUUGUCCGGUUCGGUCACGGUUUCCUAGUGACGGUGGGCUGCAUCAAACCCCUUCCCCUCUACAUCAUAGUGCAAUUUAUCAUGACUAUCGGAAUUCUUGUUCUUGGAGUCUUUCAACAAUACAGCGUAGGCUGUUUUGCAGCCAUUUUGUUUGGCAUUGGGACUGGAAGUGUAAGGUCUCUCAAUGUAGUUGUCCAGAAAGAAGUGGACAAAAGGGCUGGAUCCACUGCUCUUGGUAUCGUGGGACUGGUCAGCGAGGUUGCUGCAGCGGUCGGAGGACUCUUUGCAGGUUUGCUGAGGGACCGAUCUGGGGAAUACUUGGCCUCGUUUAUGGUCGCCUGUGGGAUGACAUUCGCCUCGACCCUUCUCUCUGUAGUCAUCAUGUUGCUCAAGCGGUUCAUUCCAUGUCAACCAAAGAACCAUGUUCUUACAUGAGGACGGAGGACCGAACCUCGAAGAUGUAUCCAUGGAUCACAUCCUUCUUCAUGGUGACCAGAGUAUCGGGACAUCGGUGAACCACGUGGUCAUCUCACUGAAGCUUUCAACAUUGGCCAUGAACGCAGUUGACAAUUUUUUUUUUGGGUUGACGAAAUUUCGGCCAUGCGAAUGAAAAGAGAAUAAUUUAUAUGUUUCUGUUCAUUUGGUCGUUGGGAUGGGUUUCGGCUAGUUGGUAUUACUAUGACUCAUCCGUGAGUCAUUAUAUUUGUCUAAAUUAAAUGGUAUCAGAGAACAGUAUAAUCAAUUAAUAAAUCAAUUCAAACCAAAGACCCAAAUUACUUGUCGCUAGUAGAGUUUAAAAAAAGUAAAAAUAUUUUAACCAUGAUCAUUUCUAGAUGAUUCACUCUGUCCACUGAUAUUUAGAGAAUGGUAUUCAUUUUAAAGCUGAUAAUCUCUCUGGAGAAACAUUAACGGGUACUUUCAAAAUGCCAACCUCCGGUCAACCUCUGGGACAACGUUGGUCGUUUUGCAAGGAGAGGAUGACGCAGACAAAAACGGCUGGGCGUCGAUUCACGAAACUCAAGUAAUCGUUCGCCGGCCGACGCCGACUUUACGUCUCCGAACUUUCGCUGCAUGAUAUUCCAUUCUAUCACAUUCUAUUACAUCAUGGAUGUUGCAAUGUCGGUAAAAUCACGGCUUGCAAUCACUAACAUGAGCCAUUGCCGCUGUCAUAAACAAGGUGAAUAGUAGUUUACAAACGGAUAUUACAGAUGACGUGAUGAGUAUGGGAUAUCAGAAAUGCAUAUGUUAAUGGGAGGUAGCACAUUUCUACCUCUCAAGGCCUAGUGACGGUCGUGCCGUUUCACUAGCGUAGCUGGGGUUCUUAAGGGCAUUUUCAUUGUUUUGUACAUCUUCUUUAUAAAAAUGCUCACAUCAAAAUGUUGCAUUUUUUAUGCGCAUGAUAAAAUAAAAUAUUCUGUAUCAUUUGGUCUGAAGUUUAAAGUCGAAUCAUGGCGAUUGUAUCAUUCCAUCGCAAGUUGGAUUAUGUGCUGUUUCUAAGACUUCCGACUGGAUGGGAGAACCAUAUUUAAAUAAAUUGCUGCUGUCAACUUAUAAAUUGACUUUGUAUUGGUCUUCGGGCUCCAUCCCCCCUGGCUCCAAACAUGGUAAAUUAAAAAUUAUAUUAAAAAUGGAUGGUCAGAAUACACCGAUUCAUGGUAGUGCAAUUUAUUUUAUGCACAUUGUGCAAUUAUAAUACAUGUUGUACUCAAUUUUAAUAUUUUGUCUAUGAAAAACUAUCAGACUGGAAUUCACUGAACCGUCAUUUUUACAAAAAUAUGAAACAUAAAAUAUAGAGUUAAACGUAACGUUGGUCAAGUUAGUGUUGGUUGUGAUGAUAUCAUAUUAAAGUAUCCAGAUUUACGUUUGAAGUGGGAUGGAAUAGGGGGUUGGGAGGCUUAAUACCUCAUUACCACUUUCCUGCGAUCCUUUACGAAAGCCACGAUUGGCCUUUCUUAUUACUGAUUGCGAAUUUUUUUUAACCAUUCAAAAUUUCUUUACGAUCAAUACGAUAUGAUCUGACACGAUCCGAUAAGAUUACUGCGAUUAUUCCAGUGUUAAGCCCGGCUCACACUACGCGAUUCGUGCGAUCCGAAUUUCACAGAAAUUGUAAUAACAUUUGAUAUGAACAUUCCAACCAAUAAAAUAUUAGCGAUCAGAGUUCAGAAUUGUGGUAGGAACACGGAAAUCGAAAUUCGGUCUAGCUCGAGCCUCCCUGUAGGAAUAAAAACAAAUUCAAAUCCAAAUCGUGAUGACGUCAUUAUCGACUGCAACUUGAAGGCGAUUUGGACUUUACUCCGACCACAGCAGGGGCUGCGGAACGGUUUUCAAAGUGGGGGGCUGAACCGAAAGUGGGGGGGGGGGGUGGGCUGACCAUGCAAAAAAUCACAAUCAUAUGGUAAUUUUUACGUUUUUGUACACGGUUUUGGAAAAACCGCUUCCGCAGCCCCUGCACAGGGCUCGCCGCAAAGCAAAAUUAUGAUUUUUUUUUAUUAUUCCUCACAGAACUUCAAAUGAAAUAAUCUUACUUCUUGUAACUUUUACAUUUUAAUGCAUAAUGCGAUUUAUUAAAGAAUCGCGUCGCAACGAAUCGCAUAGUGUGAGCCGGGCUUUGAAGUACGCCAUUUUGAAUCGUGGUGCAAAUCGUUACAAUGAGGACUAGGUACACAGCAAAAACUGUGGUGUUAACCGGUGUACAUAUAGAGUACCACAUCAGUUAUUUUAUACCGGAGUUAAAUUGACAGUGUUGGUUUAACACCUAUAUGUGUUAUUACAACACAUUCGCUUGUGACAUUUGCACUCUUUGGUGCUAUGUUCGAUCUCUAUAUAUGGUGUAAUUUUAACACCUCAGGGCGUGGUCCUCUAUUAACAUCAACUGGUGUCAGUUUUAACACCACAGUUUUUACAGUGUAUAAUGUAAUUCACAAUUUCCUAAUAAUGCACGUAAAGUUAGCUAGAGUUUUUGUCUCGUCUUUUCUGAUGGCAUCGUCAACAUCAUCAUUUUAACGUAAGAUUAUGCUUUUGGUUUUGAAAUAUAAGUAUGAAAUCAUGAAGUCAAUGUCAUAUUUAAUGAAAUUACAUGAUGAUAAUCAUGUGUCACUUAUCAUCCGGUAUAAGUUUCAAGUCACGAAGUGGUAUCAACUAUCAACAUCAGAAAACUUUAGUAAUCGGCAAUUAUGUGAGUAAAAUUUCAGAUCACAGAUUCAAGGUUAUUUCAAAUAAAAAAAAUUAUUUAAUGAAAUUUCUUUAUAAUUUCAAAAGUGAAUGGUCAUAUCCAUUCAAGAUCUUAUACCUUGAAGCUUGUGUUAAAAAAAAUAUGUGUCAAGUGUAUGUUACGAGUAUAUUUGGAUGCUUUUUAGUGCAAAUUUUGUUAUAUUUGUAGGAUAAACAAUUUGAUCACGACAUGUCGUUCUACAUGUUUGUAUUUACCAAAGUAUUAUAUGUCUCUUUUCUUUUCUAAAGAAAUAUUGAAAACUGAAAGUGAAAUGGUUUUCAACCUAUAAAAAUAUAUAAAUGUUGCUCAUCUGAAUGUGAUAUGUGAUGUUUUAACAUGAUCUUGUAUUCAGUAAUAUUCGUACUAGAUAUAUGCUAUAAAGCAACUACUGCAUGUGCAUUUAUUUUACGUGUCUUACACGUUCGUCUUAGCAGAAUGCAUUAAUACAAGUGCAAGUACAAUCAUAAUUAUGUGUGAUAAUCAUGUUGAUUUAAUGAAGGAAGUAAUGUUAUCAUGUUGAAGAAAAUUUAUUACAAAAAAAAAACACAUUCAUUUCAUAUCAGAUGCAGGAAAACUUGUAAAUAUAUUUAUAGUGUAUUGACGACUUUAUAAAUAUCAUUAUGUUCGAUAAUGAUUAUCGCAGAGUACCUUGCUAUUUAAGAUGUAGAAAUUAUUUAAUGCAAUCAUUCGCAAAUCAAUAUUUUUUGACAGCGUAUAUAUAUUUGAUUUUUAAAGAAAUAAACACCUUUCUUCCUUUAUAGCA